GGAGAAGAGAGGAGAGGGUAAGACGAGGGAGAUGAUUUCUUGUAAAUGGAGACCAAUCGUGGUGAAAUUCGUGCAAAAAAGUAAUUCGCAACUUCUGAUAUCCUGAAUCUCCUCUCCCUCUACGUCCUACGAUCCUCGUAGGGGCGCAAUCGCCACGCCUCCCCGUGUCUAUAUAAGCAUCGUCUACGCAGAGAAAUCCUCAUUCGCAUCCCGAACAUCGUCGAGUACGAAGCUUGACCGGUGUACUUAUCUUCUCAUAUCAAAAAAUAUAAAGAUAAGGAGAGAGAGAGAGAGAGAGAGAGAAAGAGAGAAAAUAUUCAUUAAAUCAGAACGUUUUACGGUGUUACGAGAAGUUAAUUUUUAUCUCUCGUAUUUUUUAUCGAACGAUAUCCAACGAGAUAGACAGAGAGAGAGAGAGAGAGAGAAUAUUGUUGGGGAAUAUAAUAAAAAGAAAGAGAUAGAAAGAGAUAAGAAAAAUGAAGUUCUCUUCAGUGUGGUUGUUAUUCUGCUGUCUCGUCAUCCUGGCUGAAAGUACCCUUGGCAAUCCCUAUUUUGACGAAGACUCGCUUGCUUUAGUACCGGAAGAAGACUCAUUACAAGUUGUAGACUCAGACUAUACAGACAAUGCCUUGGAGAAUUUAAUGCGAGCGGCUCAACAAAAGCGUUCCUCGUUGAUUCAUUUGUUUAGACGUGCCUGCAUAAGACGCGGUGGUAACUGCGAUCACCGACCGAAGGAUUGUUGCUAUAGCUCGAGUUGCCGUUGCAGUUUAUGGGGUUCUAACUGUCAGUGUCAACGGAUGGGUCUCUUCCAAAAAUGGGGUUAAAUUGGACGAUUAUACAACACCCCUUAAAUGACCC